UCCGCCGCGGCCGCUCCUCCCGCUGCAGGCGUCGCGACCCGGCCAGCGAGGCCGCCCGCAGCGCCUGCCGCCCGCAGCGCCUGCCGCCCGCGCCCGAGGAAAGAUUGGAUUAAUGGCUGAUUUCAAAUCCUAAACCUCCAUGCUGAGCAACUUUCGUGGCUUGUCAAGCAGAGGCUAAGGAUGUCCUCGGCACGCUGUGUAGCACAGACUAAAGAAAUUUAUGACCAUCUCCUGGAAGUCCCAGUCUCUCGGGACCAAUUAAACCACUAUCGGAAUGUGGCUGAAGACGCUCGAAGUGAACUGGCGGCAACUUUGGUCAAAUUUGAAUGUGCUCAGUCUGAGCUUCGAGACCUCCGCUCCAAGCUGCUUUCUAAAGAAGCCUUCUGUCAAGAGUUGAAAGCUGAAAUGGAGAAUUACAAAGAAAAUAAUGCUAGAAAAUCAUCUCUCCUCACCUCUCUGAGAGACAGAGUUCAGGAGCUGGAAGAAGAAUCAGCAGCACUUACCGCUUCUAAAAUUAGAACGGAAAUCACAGCUCACACUGCAAUCAAGGAGAACCAGGAGUUAAAGAAGAAAGUUGCAGAACUAGAUGAGAGCUUCCAAAAGUGUUUAAAGGAAAAUGAGGAGAAUAAGAAUCAAGUCUCAAAGAAUUGCAGGCAACAUGAAGAAUUUCUAGCUCAACUUGGUGACUGCUUAGAUCCAGACAAGAAGAAUGAAAAGGCAUCAUAUGAAGAUUUAAUUCUAAAGCUUAGAGAGCUGUGUGAAGAAAAUGCAUUCGUCAAAGGACAGAUUGUUACUCUUGAAGAGACUAUAAAUGUCCAUGAGAUGGAAGCAAAAGCUAGCAGAGAAACCAUCAUGAGGCUGGUUUCAGAAGUAAACAGAGCGCAGGAAAAAGCUGUCUCCUGCACUAAAGAGAAAGGCAAGCUGAACCAGGACUUGCUCAAUGCUGUAGAGACAAAGGAAGCUCUUGAGAUGGAAGUUAGGAUCCUCCAAGAGAGGCUGCUCGCUGGCCAGCAGGUCUGGGAUGCUUCAAAGCAGGAACUGAACCUCUUGAAGAAAAGGUCUUGUGAGUUGGAGAAGAGUCUAGAGGCCAGCGUGGAUGCGGCUGCAGCCUCGCGAAGCCAGUACUUCUCAUUUAGGGAGAAAGUCGCAGCCCUGCUUAGAGGCAGCUGGGGCACGACUGGGCCAAAGGAGGAUGCCAUUUUGGAAAGGAUCCGAGAAAUGACCAGCCAAGAGGAAAGCAGGAAAAAGAUGGUCUCCCAGCUUGAAGCCCAAAUAUCUGAGCUUGUUGAACAGUUGGGAAAGGAGUCUGGGUUUCACCAGAAAGCUCUACAGAGAGCCCAGAAAGCAGAAAACAAGUUGGAGGUUCUUCAGGGUCAGCUGACACACCUGGAGGGAGAGCUGGUUUCUGGAGAUGUUUUGCGAGAUAACUUGAAUUUUGAGAAACAAAAAUAUCUUAAGUUUCUGGAUCAGCUCUCAGAGAAAAUGAAACUGGACCAGAUGGCUGCUGAACUUGGCUUUGACAUGCGUCUGGAUGUAGUUUUAGCUCGCACGGAGCAGCUGGUCCGUCUUGAGAGCAAUGCAGUUAUUGAAAACAAGACACUUGCCUACAAUUUACAGAGAAAGCUUAGGACUCAGAAAGAAAGACUGGAGAGCAAAGAACUGCAUAUGAGCCUCCUGCGGCAGAAAAUCGCCCAGCUGGAGGGGGAAAAGCAGGUGCGUUCGGCCCUAGCAGUGGAGAGAGAUGAAGCCAGUCUCACCCUAAGAAAGUUGCAGAAGAAGGUGGAGAGGCUGCAGAAGGAACUGAGUGUGUGUCGAGAAGCGAACACGGAGCUCAAAGCCAAGCUGGCUGACACCAGUGAGCUUAAGAUUAAAACUUUGGAACAGACCAAAGCCAUUGAAGAUCUAAAUAAAUCGAGAGACAAACUUGAGAAGAUGAAGGAGAAAGCUGAGAAAAAGCUAACGUCUGUCAAGUCAGAACUGGAUACCACAGAGCGCGAGGCUCAGGAGGAGAAAGAGAGAGCCAAGAACAUGAUAGAAGUGGUAACCAGCGAAAUGAAGACACUAAAAAAAUCUCUGGAAGAAGUAGAAAGGAGAGAAAAGCAGCUGGUGGACUUCAGAGAGGUGAUUUCCAAGAUGCUGGGCUUGAACAUGACCAGUCUUGCACUUCCUGACUAUGAAAUCAUCAGAUGUCUUGAAAGACUGAUCCAUUCACAUCAGCAUUAUUUUGUCACCUGUGCCUGCCUCCAAGAUGUGCCACCUAGAGGAGAGAGGCACACACAGAGCCACUUAAAACUUCUUCAUUAAACACCAUCUCUCUUGGGGGAAGUGGAGCUAAGAGAUGGGAUGCAACUGUUGAUUUCACAAAUUCCCCAAACCUUUGAAAUGUGAUCAGUGUGUGAAUACCAUAUACUUUGAUGAUGGAGUGAGAAUCCAUCAUUUGCAAAAGAAGAUCUCAGAGGUUCCAGCUGUAGGUAAAUGUUUCACACUAAAAACACCUAUUAUUUUAUUUGCUAGCACUAUGGGACCCAGAAGGAUUCCAGUAGAUUGAAUAUCUAGAUGGGCAGUGGCAGUUGGGAAUUAACAUUUAUGGGAUUACUUUUAUAAGUUAGGGGCUUUACUACCCAAUUUAAUUCUCAUAAUAGCCACAUGGAGAAGCUUUAAUGUUUCAUUUUACAACCUCUCUGGGGCUCAGAAGGUGUUACCUACUCUGAGAUCGCAAUUGGUGGUGAUUGAACCAACAGUCUUACCACAUUGGCUCUGAAUCAAAGGCUGUGCCUUCUCUGUUAUUCCACGCUCCUCUAGCUUCUCCCGAGAUCCUGUGAUCCUGGUGAAAAUUGCCCCCAUAAGGGACUGAGGAUGUCCGAAAAGUGACUGAGAUUCAUGAUUGCUACCCAUAUGAUUUCUUUAAAAAGCAGUAUACCUAAUUAUUUGGAUAAAACAUACAUAGGUCUGAGGUCCUAUAGGAAACUUACCUGUUUUAAAUGUUGCUGCCAGAUUGCCUUUGGUGGUAAUUUUUCAUGUUUGAAUAGGGUUGGUCUCUGUCCUUUAAGAAUGAAACCUUUAAUGUGAAACCUUAUAAAAUGAAGGAAUCCUGCACAGGUUUAUUCCCCAAUAUAUCACAUGUACUGACGGCAAGAGUACUUUUUAAGGAUCGGGAUUUUAUUAUGAAUUUCCAUCGCUUUCUGCAUUCUUUUUAAAUUUCUAUUCCACAAGUAUUUUUUUAGGAAACUGUAUUCUUAACUUUAUUGACAGAAAUUUUUAUGUUUUGGGGGUGAUUGUCUUAUUUUUGCCAUAUGGAAUUUUUUUAAGAGUCUCUAAAGAAAGCACUAGGGUCUGAUUAAGGGAAAGGGGAAAAUAGAUUAGACCCAAAAUUAAGAGGAAAAGCAAAUUCUAGAGGAAAGGAAAUGCAUUUGACACUUAGAGUUUGAAUGACAGAUCACACAGAGGGAGAGUGAUCAAGGAUGUGUUCCCUGGGGGAUGGAUCAUGGUCACCCAGCCUCUUCCUCUUGUGCAAGGACAGUAUGAAAUAGUAUUUAUGAUAGAAUACACAUACCUGCACAGCCCUGAUUGAGGACAUGAGCUAGAUUUGCAGCAGGCAGGAGAGGUGGCCUUGUAUUUUCCCAGCAGAAGACCUGCAGUCUCUGGAGACCCCUCACAUGAUCCAGAGAUACAGUGGCUGCUGCUCGAAGCCACAUUCACCCAGAGUGGAGGAAGCGAUUUUACCAUGUGGGUCUCUGGAGGCCUGAAUUGCUGAAUAGCUCUGCUUCAUUCCACACCAUGGAAAGGUGGAGGUGUUUAUAGAUGCAGGGAUUGUUUUUAUACCUUCCCUCUGUUUUCAUUUUCCAAAUACAAUCUUUAAUGAACUUCAUUUCUUUUCUCCGUAAAUUCAUCUUCAACACUCUUCAAAGACACUUUUGACAACAUCACUUUAAAAAUAUCAACUGUCAGGAUGCCUGGGUGGCUCAACGGUUGAGCAUCUGCUUUUGGCUCAGGAUGUGAUCCCUGAGUCCUGGGAUUGAGUCCCACAUCGGGCUUCCUGCAUGGAACCUGAUUCUCCGUCUGCCUGUGUCUCUGCCUCUUUCUCUUUAUGUCUCUCAUGAAUAAAUAAAUAAAAUCUUUAAGAAAAAAACA